GUUUAGCUUUUCAUGUAAUAAUGAUAAUGCUGGUGGAUGCCUUGUGAUUUCAGAAUGAAUAUUUUUGUUGUGUGUAUAUUGUUGUUAUUUUCAUGUUGAUUUAACGGUGCUUUGUCCUUAUCAAUUUUCAUUUCAAUUCUGUUUUCUCUUACAUUUUUCAUCCUUUGCUUCUUUUUUUUGAUUGUUAACUUGUUCAAUUUUCGUUCAUCUCUAUGCUUCAUCAACCUAAACUUACAUUACUAUCAUCUGGAGUAACAGUACCAACAACAACAUCAACUGAAACAUCCAUCUAUUGAAUUUAAAUAAUCGUUACACUUUUAAUUGUCCUUUUAUUUACCUUUCUAGUUUUCAAAGUUACUAAAGCUAAACGUUAUGUUGAUUGUUUAUUGGAUUAGUCAAACAGUCUAAUGGAGAUUGCAACUCCUGCUCGUUCUUCUCCAUUUCCAAAACUCACUUUUGAUCAUCAACUUAUUAUUGCCAAGCAUCUUGUUUCCACUAAUGAUGAAAAACGGAAAACUCCGAAUCAUCUUAAUGGAGAUGAAUCUUCAACUUGUGACCUUAUGGAUGGAAACUAUGAAAAUGGUGCCAAAACUCGAUUAAAUGAAACAAAAAUUAUCGGUGGAGUUAUUCAAAACGGUGUUGAUAAAGCAACAGUUGGAGUUAAACCAAUAACAGUACAACAACGUCAGGACAAUAUGCCAACUAAGAUGAACGAGAAUCAUCUCAAUGGAGCAGCUUUGAUGAUGAAAAUGAAUGGUGACGAUUUGUGCAAUAAUAAUAAUAAUACUAAUCGUGAUAAUACCUCCAGUAACAAUUGUAACAUUAAAUUAUCAUAUGAUGCAUAUAAAAGCCUUGAUGGAAAUAAUACAAGUGUCACAGUUCAUGAUGGUAAUGAGCUUUCCCAUGAAGUAAUCGAUGAUUGCAAUAGUAAAAUUAGUAGUAAUACUAACAGUAAUUAUAAUGAUAAAUGUGAAAAUGAAAGCAAAAGUAAUGAAGUUAACAGUGAAGGAUUUGUAUCAUCGUCUGGUACCACAAAUAGUGUAAUCUCUGUAUGCAAAGAGACCACCACUUUCAAGGUGCCCGAGUCAACCUUAAACAAUAAUUUUAGUUCAACAACACCAAGUCCAUCCGUACCUUACCGAAAGCAAUCAGUUUUUGUUGCACCAGCUGGAUUAAAUUGGAUAAUUCACAAAAGUCGAAAUAAUCAUCUUCAGCAACAGCAGCCACAACAACAUCCAAUCUCAACCAAACAUAAUCUUGAUUCUUCUGGAGUGUCCAUAUCAACAGCAGCAACAACAACAACUGUACCUUCUUCAAUCACCCUGACUUCAUCAUCAUCAUCAUCAUCAUCAUCCUAUCCAUCCAUACCAUCAACAUCUUUUUAUUCAUCCACUGCUCAAAGCGUACCUUCAUCUUCCACUUCCACAACCUUUUCCACCUUUUACACUUCACCAAUUGAAGGUAAUGGAGAAACUUCAUCUAAUAAAAGUUCCUCAUUAAAUGGUAGUCAUAACAAUAAUGAUAGUGCAUCUAAUAGUUGUAUUAGUAAUUUCACCUCAACUAGAAAAAAUUCAACUGGUCUUCAACCCAAAGCAAAUGCUCAGGAAAUAGAGCAGCAUAUAAGUAAAAUAAUCUCUGAGAAUGCUGCAAUUGUUGAUACUUUGGAUCCUCUAUGGCCCAAAAGGUAUCUUUCAAGGCAUUCAGUCUCAUCAGUGCCCUCCGGAUCUAUGUCUUAUCCGGUUACUUUAUCAACCGGUACAACGACAAGCAACACUACUCAUGGCAGCAAUAGUAAUCUACAUUCUCGGCGAUUUAGUGAAAUGUCUGUCGAUCCCAAUCAUGUUUCUGGUUCUAAAUUGCAAUCGGCUCUUUUAGGUCGAAUCUUUACAACAAAUUCGUUAACUUCAGGUAGCACGGUUGUGACACCAUCAAAUGUGCCUCAUGCUCAUCAGCACCCGUCUAGUUUAACGUUACCCGUACAUCCUGGUCCAGCCAAAAAAUUUAGUGAACCAAUUUAUCCUUCUGUUAUAAUUAGCAUGAAACAACAACAACAUCAACAAAGCCCAAUUAUUAUGAACAAACCAUCAAAUGGUUCAUCAGGAACAGGAGUUAUAGGAAUUCAGUCAUCUCAUGCUCAUGAAACUGGAUUAGAAUCUAGUUUGGUGAGAAAUUUGCUUACUUCAUCAAAGAGUUCCCCAACAGUUAGGGUUAUCCCAGUGCCUGUUUCAUCAUCAUCGUCAUCUCAAAUUUCUGGUGUCACAGGUUUACCCAUUGUUGGUUUGACCCUAGACUCUGGUGUAACCAGCAGAAAAAGCAGUUCAACAUGUAACCCAAAUAUUGUAGAUGCUAAUUUUAAUGUAAACCCAGAGAAUCCUGAAGGAAGCAUAAUUAAAGAUUUAUUAUUGAAAGCUCGUGAUUCAGGUGAACCCAAUGAGCGGAAAAUUAGUCGACCAACCAUGAUACCACCUAUUCAAGAAGAGCUUUCAAUGCUCGUCUAUGUUUGCACAUUGUGUAAAAUUGCGUUCAGAAACAAAGAAACCCUUGAAGCUCAUCAAUUACAUUAUUGUAAAGCCAAUGAAACCCAAUCAACAAAUGAAUUAUCACUUAAUCAACUUCAACUGUUAAAUGACCAUGUCCAACGUAAAAUGUCUGUUAUGGAGUCAAAUUUCUUACAACAACAGUUAACCAAACCUGUUCAGUCAUCUUGUUCAAAUCUUAAGCCAAGCAAUGUCUUCUCUCAACCUCAACAUGUUAGUAUUAAACAUACCUAUCAGUCAUCUUUAAAUCAAUCCCAGCAACAACAACAGCAACCAAUUGUGGGUAACAUUUUAAAGCAACAAUUACUUGCCCCGUCAGCAGGACCUCCUUUAAAAAAGCGGAAAACAUCAGAACCACUUUUCACCAAAUCUUACUUACGACAUCAUCAGUCUAAUUACAAUUUACAAUAUCCAUUAACCGGCGAUUCCAAUUCCCAUUUUACCCGUAAAACUUCAAUUGUUCAAGGUUUACCAAGUAAAUUACCUUAUAUUGCUAGUAAUAGUAAUAAAUUAAACAACAAGGAAGGAUUAAUCGAAUCUUAUUGUUUGAACAGUGGCCUUUCACCAUCCAUUAUCAGUGAUAAUAACUCUAGUAACUCAUCACACCAUGUAAUCUCAGUGUUGAAUGAACCAAUAACCUUUCCAUCAAAUAGCAUUGUCACCCAUUCAGCUGUUUUCCCCUCCUCCUCCUCCAAUCCUCACAAUUUUGUCAAUCAAUCUAGUCUUGAUAGAUUAUCAACUAAUCAAUCAACCAAACCAUUUGACAUUUUACCCGAUUACUAUCCUCAUCUUAAAUAUCCCGAAACCAAGGUGACCCUAUCAGGCCCCAUUGUAUUUCCAGUUCUUAGAAAAAUUCUUCUUGAAAAUAAGGAGAAUAUUGAAUUCCAGGCUUCCCCAGAGGCUCUUCAUUCAUCUGAUUCAUCACUUUCAUCAUCCAACUCAUCCACAUUGGUAACAGCAACUGCUUCCUCAGCAUCAACAAUAAACCCUUCUGGUCAUGCUGUUAACGAUACCAUUAACACCAGUUGUUUGGUCUACAAACAGAUACCUUCAAUACCGGAAUUUGGUGAAGACCAAAUAAAGGAUAAACAAAUGGAUGAUAAAAUGAAAGGAAACAUAAAAAUUGAAGAGGACGAGAAUUGCCAAGAGAUGGAAAGCCUAACCGAUAAAACUGACCAUGAAAAUGGGGAAAAGACGGAAAGUGAAACGCUUAAACCAAUGAAUGAAUUGUUAUCAAAAAAUAGUAAAUUUGAUACCAAAAUGAAUGGAAGCAUAAAUAGCCGGCCAACAUCCCUAACAAUACGGAAACGAAGCUCACUCAAUGUUUUCAAUCAAUUGAUUGGAUCAACCCUGGUCAGUCCAGACACCCCUCGACCCAAAAGGAAAUGUAUGCAGCUCUAUAUGAAGGGUCAAACGUACACCUAUUUAGGCCUUAAAAUGUCUACUCGGUCAACCUAUUGUUGCAUUUAUCGUCCACAACCAAUGUACGUUCCCCAAGAAGCUCAAUCAAAGCUUUCAAUGUACAGCAACUGGCAAAUACUUUCACCCCACGAUGAUAUAUUUAAAUUAAUUAGUCCUAGUGAAUUAUUUCAUGCCUACGAUACAAGGCAAUGGUGUUUUGAGGCAAACGGAGUUAAAGUUACCUUUGCACCUUCAUCUGAAUCAAAAAAGUCACUCAAUGAUUCAUGUAUAUUAACCCCAUCAUCAUAUUGGACAAUCAAGAAACAAUCAGAGGAAAAGGCUUUAAUUAAACGGGAAAUAAUUGAAUUGAAACGUAAAGGGAUUGAAGACUUGACUGAUUUGAUGGACAAAAGUGUAAUCAAUAGCAGGAAAACGAGUGAGGAUCGUUUGAGUACGAUGUCCGGCUUUGAUUCGGACUCAAAUGAUCCUAAUCAACCGAAGAGAGUGAAGAUAUUUGAAGGAGGCUUCAAAUCCAAUGAAGAUUACACUUAUGUUAGAGGGAGAGGAAGAGGGAAAUAUGUUUGUGAAGAGUGCGGAAUACGUUGUAAGAAACCAUCAAUGUUGAAGAAACACAUUCGAACCCAUACAGAUUUAAGGCCUUAUUCUUGUCGACAUUGUGCUUUUGCCUUUAAAACGAAGGGCAACUUAACCAAACACAUGAAAUCUAAAGCUCAUCAUAAGAAGUGCGUUGAACUGGGCAUCAUUCCGGUUCCAAUAACCAUCGAUGAUUCCCAAAUUGACUGUGAUGCAUUAGCCAAACAAGAGGCUCUUGAACGAAGCUAUUCUGGUGAACACUUGGCCUCAGAUGAUGAUGAAAAUGAUCCAGAUGAUGAAGAUGGCUGUGAAGAGGAAGAAGACGACGGAUCUGAUGAUGAAGGAGUUCCUAUUCCAAUCAUAACAUCUUCAGGUGUGAUUACUAAUCAUCACAAGAUGGAUAUUGAUGGAAGACCCGAGGAAAGGAAAGAAAGGGAACACAGAAAGUCAAUUAUUGUUGCCAAUGAGAUUGAUGAACAAGAAGUUGCUCGUAGUCUACUUGUCCUUUCAGGGUCAGGAGAAUGGUCAAUUGCUAAUAAUCCUUCUGCUGUUGCAGUUGCUACAAUUACAACCGCCUCUGGUGUUACUGUAGCUUCAAAUUGCCUAGAGGCAGACUUUAGUGAUAACCACCGAACAGCCUCCAGUCCAAGUAAACAGCACAUGGAUGUGGUCACUGAUUUGCGCAAGAUAUCACAAUCGACGCCAUCAAAGUUAUCUUUAAACAAUUCGUUGGCUGAUGAAAGGUGUUCAACAGCAGUUAAUGGAGCUAAUUAUAUCAACCUAUCAAAUUGGCCUCCGAAUGGCAAUUCAUUUUCUCGUCAGAGAUCAUUUUCAUUCAAUGAUGGUUUAAUGAGGCGAAAUGUAUCGAUGGCAAACAAUUUAGAUAACCUUAGACGAGUUGAUAAACCAACACCGCUUAGUUCAAAUCACUUUUGCCUUACAAAUGAACCCAUCAACUCUCAAGCAAAUAACACAAAUCCAAUUAUUGAGUCAAUUUCAACCGAUGAUUCAAAUGAUAGUGAAGUUGAAGAUCAUUUUCAACGCAGAUAUUCAAUGUCAGUUAUUCAAGAUCGACGCAACGAGUCUUUAUACCUCAACUCGGAUGGACCAAUUGACCUGAGUAAAAGGCAAGAAGACAAUGAUAAUCAAAUUGCUGGACCAUCUUCUAGAUAUGACCAAAUUUUACCCGGUCGACGCAAUACCCUUUCAACACCAUCUACAGUCCCACAUCAUCUUACUCGUGCUGAGCUUGCAGCUUCUUUCAAUGGAUCUUCACUUGGAAUGUUGACGAGAGAAGACGGAAAAUCAGUUUGUCGGAAAUGCAACAAAACUUUCCAUGACUUGUCAAAGCUUCGUCUUCAUGUUAACGUUCAUUAUUUGGAAAGGCCAUUUAGAUGUGAUCCAUGUGGCGUUUCAUUUAGAACCAAAGGACAUCUUCAAAAGCACGAAAAGUCUGCAUCUCAUUCGGAUAAGAUUAAAAUCAAUUUAACCUUUGGAGCAGCGACAACGGAAAACCCAAGACCUUUUAAAUGUGACGAUUGUGUGAUUGCCUUUAGGAUUCAUGGUCACUUGGCCAAACACUUGAGGUCCAAGAAUCACAUUAUGAAACUUGAAUGUGCCGGUAAACUGCCUUGUGGAAUGUAUGCCGAUAUGGAGCGAUUCGGGAUAAAUUUAAAUGUAAUUGAAACAGCAGAUUGUGAAAAUAGUCUUGUAUCGUUGCAAAAGUUGGCUGAAAAAAUGUACUCUAAAAAUGGAGAGGUUAAUCUUGCCUGGUUAAGACAAUCAUCAUUAGGAAUCAAUAGUAAUCUUUCACUUGCUAGCAAUAAUUUAAAUCAUGAUGGCAACAUUGUAACUUGUACCAGUACCAGUACCAUUGCUACAUCCAACACCACCGUAAACCACAAUAGCUUUGAAAAUAAUUGCGAGAUGAAUGUUGAUAACAAUGCCAAUGAUUGUAACAACAAUACUAGUUCAGAUAUUGUCAAUAAUAGUAUAAAUAUCAAUAAUCAUGAUGUCAACAAUAACCAUAGUAAAAAUUGUAAUUAUAGUCUAGUAAAUACCUCAUCUUCAUCACCGUCCCCACCAUCACCGCCAUCAACAUUAUCUCCACCAGUUUCAUCGCCAUACUAUUCAACAUGUUCAACUACAUCAGCAAUCCCAUCUGUAACCACAACUACAUUCACCACAACACCGAUUUCCGUAUCGACAACUUCAUCGACAACCAACAUUACUUCCAUACGUUCCAAUACUUGCCAUUUUUGUAAACAAGUGUUUAAAAGCGCCAAAUUCCUUCAGGUUCACCUUUACUGUGACCAUCAACAGCAACGUUCAUCUUCACCCAAUCUUGUCACUGAUCCUCAACAUCAACCUCAGACACAGUCUUGAACUUUAACGCAACCUUAAUCUAAAAUUUGUACCUGGAUGAGUUUGUUCAAAAUUAUGUUGUUUUGAAUAAAGUAUUCAAAAUUUAAUUUUAAA